AAUAAAAGAUGUUCUUUCUGUUUAUACGCUCACUUGUAUCAUCUCUUACUAUUCCAUCUACCCUUUCACCCAAAACUCCAAAACCAUCCUGACUCGGCCAUCACCCAGACCACCGACCUUCAAUCUUCCGGUGACUCCGCACCGUCCUUCCUUCUUUCUCAAUCGUUGAGUUCUGUGGCUUUGUUUUUACCUAUUCUCUUUUUGAUACAGGAGCUUUUUGAAUUUGAGGACUUAUCUGAGUUGAUUAGAUUCUUGGUCAAGAGGAUUUCGGAGUCAUUGAAGAGUGGAAAGGUUGCUGAUCGUAAAAACAGUAGUGCUGGAAACAAACUAAGAGGAGAUGAAGAGGUGGUUGAUGAUUAUUCUAAAGUUGAAAGCAAGCUAAAUGAUCUCAAAAUGGAGACACAAACACCUGGAACAGGAAAUACCCGAGGCGACACCUCUGUUAGUCAGGCCAACAAAGGAUCCGACUCAGUCAAUGAUGAAUUGAAUUGUGUAUUAAAUGAAAAGGAAUUGGCCAUAGGAGAGAUUGAUGCUGGAAGGGGUAUAUUCGGAAAUGAAGAGAAUCCUUCUCCUAUUGGUGAUGGGCAUUUGACAGUCUUGCAACAAAAGGAGAAAGAACUCGUUGAUGAAGUAACUCUAAGGACUUCAGAAGUGGAACAUCUUGAACGAGAAUUGGAAGUAAUGAAGGCAGCAGCUGAAAUGACAUUUAAUAACCAACAGUCUGUUGACUUCUACCUUGACCAGUUGACUGAACAAGUACAUGCUAAAACAAAUGACCUUUCGACUUUGGAGUCAGAGUGGGAUGCUGUAAGAAAACCCUUGGAAGAGAGAAAGAGAACUCUUGAGGAGUCUCUAUAUUUAAACAGUCCAGAUGCACAGGCAAUGCUCCACAAGUUGAGAGAAGUACAACAGGAAGAAGAUUUCAUUUCAUCUGAAAUUAGAAAGAGGGAGGAGGAACAUUCAAAACUUCUUGCAGAUCUGGAAAAGCAGCAGAAAGUAGCAUCUAGGAAAUCCUAUACUCACCGUAUUGAGGAGAUCACAAAGAAUAGUCGUAAACAAGAUGCUGAUAUUGAGAGGAUCUUAAAAGAAACUAGGGAGGUUCAAUUAGAAAGUAAUUCUAUCCAGGAACGCUUGCAUCGGACAUAUGCCGUUGCCGAUGAAAUUGUCUUUAGGGAAGCAAAGAAAGAUCCAACAGGACUUCAGGUUUAUAAACUCCUGGUAAACAUCCAUAAAGGUUUCGAACAAAUAUCCGAGAAAAUUCUCGCAACUGAUAGAAUUAGAAGAGAAGUAUCUGAAUAUGAAAUGAAACUGGCAGCCACACCUUCUACUUCCCAAAGAUUAGAUGUGAGCGAGCUACAAUCUGAUCUUGAUAUCAUUAUUAGAGAAAAUGAAUAUCUUGAUCCACUGUUACAGGAUAAGUGAUUUUUUUUUUGACAAUUCAUUGGAAACAGAUAAAGAAUUUUGAAACACAUUAAGAAAUUUCAUUUCUUUUUUCCAAUUGGUUUGAGUGGUUUUGUUUCAUGUUUGUUUUUGGAUUUUGUCCAUUGUGCUUUUCACUAGGCCUAAAUUUAUCUAGGAGGGAAAAUCUAUUAUUCAGCUCAGAACCUGUAAAGGAGUAUUGUGAUGUCAGUUUACAUAACAUUAAACUUGCCAAAGAAUGAGGAAAAUAUGAACAACCAGUUUUUAAAGCA